GCGCCUGCAAGUCUUCACUCGGGGCGCGUGAAGCCCCAGCGCCGCCCUUCGUUUCGUCAUAAAAACGCGACGGGCCUCUGCAGCUCGGGGGAAAAUGGGCGAGUCGCCGUUAAAGGGCCGUUGUGUUUAACUGAGGUCGUCGACGAAUAAACGACGGGCUUUAUGGACGCCCGGACGAUCUCCCGCUGAUUCCCCCCGGAGGAGGCCGGCUCCGAGUCUCAUCGCGGCCCGCCGUGUCGCUGGUUUCCUGCGGCCUGGAGCGGAGCAGCGGAGUGUCGCAUCUCCUGCUUUUCCUCUGCAGCGUCUGGUCCACAGCCCGACAAACCGAUGUAACCGGAUCGGUUUUUUUUCUUGUUGUUGUUGUUGCUGUCUCGCACGUUUCAGCCACGCAGCUUAAAGCCUCCCAGACCCAAAAAAAACAACAACAAUGACUUCCAGGCGGACCGGGUACGCAGCUGGCCUGGACGCCUCUCCGUCGACCGCCGGCAGCCGCAAGCAGAGCGCCAUCAACCUCCCCGACCGGAUGGAGCCCUGCUACGACCGCAAAGCGGAGGCCAAGGCGGGCUACGGAGCGUCGCAGGGCGGCGUGACGGUGACCUCGCUGAAAUCCCGCCUGGCCCCGACGAUCCAGACGGCCAUGUCCGCCGCCGUGGACACGCUGCUGGGCGAGGUGGUGGUGGUGCUGAACGAGACCCAGCAGGAGCUGCUGCACAAGGAGCAGGAGAACCAGAGGCUGAAGGUGCGGCUGGAGGUGUCCGAGCGGGAGCUGAAGACCCUGCAGGAGUGCCUGUGCAGCGCGCAGAAGCUCAUAGACCAGCUGCAGGUCUCCUACACGGGGCCCCAGCAGAUCGGCCAGUCCGUGUUCGGCCCCUCGCUCUCCGCCAUGGCGUCUCUGACUCCAGGCCUGGACCGAGACCACCAGAACCCGAGGGACGUGAACGGGGCGGGCGUGGAUCUGGGCCUGGGCGGCUCCGUGGAUGACUCUCUGCACGGCUACGAGGCUAGAGAUGAAUACAAAAUGUGCCAGCUUUCAAUCCAGCCUGACGGCUCCGUGACCAACCACACUCUGGACUCGUUCUCCUCCAGCUCGUCCCACAUGUGCUCAGACAGAGGAACAGACGAGAGGCAGCCUCAAGGUCCCAGUGCAGCGUCCAGAUUUGAGAUCAAAGAGGAGCAGGGACCGACUCCGGGCCCCGGCCAUCCCAGCCGGAAGGACGGCCAAGACGGGGACGGAGCGUCCCUCAGCGUGGGGGACAUUACGUACGUUCAGGUCGGAGGGGAAGGAGGCGCUCCGCGUUCCUUCUCCGCCCCGCUGCGUCACCAAAGACUCCUGCGUGAAUGUGGCGCUGCCUUGCAGCAGCAGCAGCAGGGAGGUCUCGACGAACAGAAACCUUUGGCCAGGACGUUUGGAGCGGCCAGAGGCUCCCCGGGCAAAGCCGAGGAGUCCGCCGGGCCUUCAGCCCCCGACAACGCCGGGGAGCCGUCCGUCGACCGGCCUCACCACUGCUUGGAGUGCGGCAAGACCUUCCGCCUGAUCUCCAGCCUGAAGAAGCACAUCCGCAUCCACACGGGCGAGAAGCCGUACCCGUGCGCCGUCUGCGGCCGCCGCUUCCGCGAGUCCGGGGCGCUCAAGACGCACCUGCGCAUCCACACCGGCGAGAAGCCCUACUCCUGCUCCGAGUGCGGCAACUGCUUCCGCCACCUGGACGGCCUGCGCAAACACCGGCGCACGCACACGGGCGAGAAGCCCUACGUGUGCGCCAUCUGCGGCAAGCGGCUCAGCCGCCUGCAGCACCUCAAGCACCACCAGCUCAUCCACACCGGGGAGCGGCCCUGCUGCUGCCCCUUCUGCAACCGCACCUUCAAGGAGCCCGCCGCGCUGCGCAAGCACGUGCGCACGCACCGCGACGAGGGCGGCCACAUGGGGGUGGCGCCCAGCGAGGAGACGGACCCAGACGCCAUGGACGACAUCAACAGCCUCCAUCCUGCUGCCCCCUCCCCCCAGAUGCGGUUCGGGGAGUGGGGGGCCGAGGAGGAGGACGGCUCGGCUGUGGACUGCGUUUAGGGCUGAAGGGAGAAGCGGAGGCCGUAUGUGGAGCAGGAGGGACAGAGGCAUGGUAGAAAACACCGGCGGGUUUUAGCUCCAGACUGCACACGCCCCGGUUUAACGUAAUACUCCUUCCUGUUUUUACAUGCUUUCAUUUUAAAGUUUCAGCUGCUGUUUGAGCAGUCAGAGCAAAGCUGCUGUUUCUGUCCGUAAAUAGUUUUAACAUCAUCCUAUCAGCACAGACGCAACCAUCAGAUGGGUGCGUGGAGGAGGCAAACCAUCAUAACCUCAGGACAGGAUCAUCGGCAAACGCAUUCGGUGCGUUUUAUGGGACUGCGUGUGUCUUAAACGAGAAAAUUUACUUUAUCUUUGGAAAGUAUCUCUUUCAAGAUUUGAUUUAAAGUCAACAGAGAGUGAGGCAGAAUGUGUUUUGUAGAAUCUGCCUUAUUUUACCCCCAUAAUGACAUAUCUUUAAGGAAAUUAUAAAAUUGCAGACCUAUUUAUUUAUAGUUCUGCUCAGACGUCUGCUUGCACUCAUCGUUGUGAAUCCAGAAGCCCAACGUUAGUCUGCUUUGUCUAUUUUUGAUGUUAAGUUUGGGAUCUGUUUCCUGCUAAAAAAAACAUCCAAGUUUUGAGGUUGAAAUUAUGCCAGGAGCGUGUUGAUGGCUGCAUCUCUGCUCGAGAUGCAGCUCUCUAAGAGACGUUAACCACCUAAUUUAGGUGAUAGACGUAUAUGUUUGUGCCUGCAUGUAUAAUUUUGACAC